AUGGCCCUGCGGGACGGUGAUGGGGUGAGGUUGAGACUAUACGGAGAACAAUUUUCUGAACUACGCCCAAGGAACCUCAUCCGGCUCAACCUCUCUGAUAAUAACCUCACUGGUUCAUUUCCUACAUCCUUACAGAACUGCACAAACCUUCAGCACCUUGACUUGUCAAUCAACACAUUCAAUAGUUCGAUCCCCUCGACCAUCAAACAGGUCCCCAAUGAACUUCCCUAUCUCAGUCUAAUGUUCAACAGUUUCACUGGUGACAUCUCUGCAUCCAUUGGUCAAAUCUCUUCACUGAAGUACCUAUUACUUAAUUUCAAUUACAUUAAUGAUGACAAUAUUAUUGGGAGUGGUGGAGAAGGGAUCAUGUAUCACAUCACCCUGGAUGAAGAAUCUAGAGAGACGCAUGGCUGCAGUGAAAAUAAAUCUGGAGCAAGAGAAAGUUGGACGGAAAGCUUGAAAAACAUUUUCCAGCAGAAGUCCAGAUUCUUAGAGUAG